AUGGCUCGGAUGGGAGUCUUCAAUCGAAUCAUUAAAUACUCCCUGGCCGGUCUUGGUUCCACGAUCCUUCCCAAGUCUCUUGAGCCAACUCCCAUCUACAGUCUUCCCAACCAGCUCCCAUCUACAGUCUAUCUACAACAAAGGAUCAACAUGAACAGCCGGAUGCACUCAUCACUCAAGCUACUCAGCCUACUCCCAGCAUUCGUCAUCGCUGCCCCAGCCUCACCGGUGCCAGCAAGCGACCAAUCGUUGAUACUACCCAGAGAUGACGACCGCCCUUACUAUUUCCCAGUCGGAGGAAUAAUCGCCAUCCCGCUGGCUGUCGUAGCCCUCCUCGUCGUCACCGUUGGGCUCGUAAGGCGCAAGUACUAUGCUAAGCCAUCUGCACCGGCCACGCAGCCGCCAACGAUAGCGCUGGCAGACCGGGGACGAACGGACACUCUACCGGUAUACCAACGGGAAGAAAACAACUCCGCGGUGACCGCGGACUCGCAAUCCACAUCAAGUUCUGGUCUGGCCAAGCCACAGGACGAACCGCCGGCUUACGCACCACCACCGAACAGCUCUACUACUCCUGAAAACCAGGCUGCACCCGCUACCAACCCAUCCUCACCCCUUACUACCUCGACGGCACAGAAUAAUACAACUAGCGAAGAAGUACCGCCGGUUAAUGCCCGAGCUUCAUGA